AUGCUACGAUUCGGCUGUUCACAACUUGUUAUUGAGAGGCUAGAUCCGCUGGUAAACCCAGGGUCGAAUCCAUCAUCGCACAUGCACCAGAUAGUUGGCGGGGACGCCUUCAAUGCAUCGAUGCCGUAUCAAGACAUCCCCAAACAAGCCUCGUGUACCACAUGCCACUUCAAGGAGGACUUGUCGAAUUAUUGGACGGCCAACUUGUACUUCAAAGCCCGUAAUGGUACAUAUAAGCGUGUACCGCAGAUAGCAAAUCAGUUCAAUGACCCGGACAACGGCGGAAUCACGGUCUACUACACUUCGGCAGGUCCAAACAAGACGGUGGCCUUCAGGCCGGGAUUUCGCAUGCUCACAGGAGAUGCGUCGAGGCGCACAUCCGAAAAUCUCGGCAAGAACACGCAGCAAUGCUACCGUUGCUUCACGGAGCCCAACUUUGGAGGGAGUAUGUAUUCACCGUGCAUGGAUCCGGUGCUCGACACUGACCAUUUUCCUACUCGGCCCUGCGCUGGCGGAAUUCGGUCGAAUAUCAUAUUUCCUCAGUGCUGGGACGGCAUCAACUUGGACUCCCCGAAUCAUCGAGACCACGUCGCCCAUACAAUCGGCAAAACCCCGCCUUCUUUCUCUGUUGUGUCUGGCCAGUGUCCCGAGAGCCAUCCCGUGAAGAUUCCACAAGUGAUGCUAGAAGUAAUGUGGGACACGAGAGCGUUUAACAACCCGGAUGAAUGGCCGGAAGAUGGAAGCCAGCCAUUCGUUCUUUCGACUGGAGACAGUACGGGAUAUGGUCAACACGGCGACUACGUUUUUGGUUGGCAGAACAACUCCCUUCAGAUUGCCAUGGACAAUCAAUGCUACUUACGGAACUGCACACAGCUUACGGAGCUUGCAGCCUCGGUCAAGAACCGGUGCAACGUCCCUGACACAGUAGGGGAAGAUAUCGAUGGAUGGAUGACCCAUCUUCCUGGUGGAAUUACUGCAGAAUGA